AUGGUUGUCAACGGCUUCGUGAACGUGGUGAUCACUACCAUUGAGAAGAGGUUCGGCCUCAGGUCCAUGCAGACGGGAGUCAUUGCUGGAGGGUAUGAUAUCGCCUCCUUCGUUUGUCUGGCACCGGUGACCUAUUUAGGCGGUCGCACCAGCUCCUCAAAACCUCGGUGGCUCGGCUGGGGAGUUCUCCUCAUGGGCACAGGGUCUCUGCUCUUCGCGUUACCACAUUUUCUCGUGCCUAACUACAAGAUUGCGGGGGACGCAGUUGACGAUAUAUGUACACCUAACAGAACGUCAACCAAUCAUUGUGAUGGUACAGUACCAGCUGAAGGAGGCGCGUGGGCAGUUGCAGUAUUCGUCUUCGCACAAUUACUACAUGGCGCAGGUGCAACACCGCUUUUCACUCUCGGAGUCACUUAUAUUGAUGAAAACGUCUCCAAAAAGAUGUCCUCUGUUUAUUUGGGAGUUUACUACACGAUGGCAGUCGUGGGCCCAGCGAUGGGCUACGUCAUAGGAGGGCAGAUGUUGACCAUUUACACCGACUUCCUCAGUGUCGACUCCCAAACAUUAGGCAUAACUCCUAUAAGUUCAGUGUGGAUCGGAGCGUGGUGGGUGGGGUUCAUUCUGUCGGUGCUGCUGUGUCUCAUUGUCGCCAUACCAUUGAUGGCGUUCCCCCAUGAAUUGCCUGGUGCUGAAGAGAUCCGUGCUUCUAAAGUGUCAGAAGCGCAUGAAUCUGCGUCCAAAUCAGCAGCAUUUAGUGCUUUGCAUGAGCUGCCUCACGCAGCGGCCGCGUUACUGAAGAAUCCAACAUUCCUGUUUCUGAACUUAGCUGGAGCUAGUGAAGGCAUGCUGAUUUCUGGAUUCGCUGCAUUUCUACCGAAGUUGAUUGAGAACCAGUUUGCGGUGAAUGCCUCAGAUGCCGCUUUGUUGCUGGGUGUAAUCACAGUUCCCGCUGGUGGAGGCGGUACAUUCCUCGGCGGGUGGCUGGUGAAGCGCUGGCGGCUCGCCUGCGCUGGUAUCAUCAAGCUCUGUGUCGCAGCUACCGUCAUAGCGGCUGCAUUCACCUUCUGCUUCGUCCUCACCUGUGAUGAUUACCCUUUUGCUGGGGUCACCGUGAUGUAUAACAGUCCAAGUGUGCCAGGCGCGGACCGUCUAACAGCUCUAUGCAACGUAGACUGCGAAUGUGCCAACGCUCCAUACUCACCCGUGUGUGGAGCCGACGGUGCGGUGUACUACUCCGCGUGUCACGCCGGUUGUACCAAGAGAACCUUGGCCGGGACAGCUCAGCUGUUCCAUCAGUGCUCCUGUGUAAUGACUAAAGAGAAUCUCACGCUGCCAACAUACCAAAUUGAAGGAACAACCAAUUCUUCAGUCACAUAUGAAGCAAUCAAUAGCAUCUGCAUCACAGACUGUCCGUACCUUUGGGUAUUCGUGACCCUCUCUUUUUGUGUGAUGCUGUUCACGUUCCUGGCCACCAUGCCUGCACUAUCAGCUACUUUGAGGUGUGUACGCGAAGACCAGCGCUCCUUUGCUCUGGGCAUCCAGUGGAUCAAAGUGCGCCUGCUGGGCACUAUACCAGCACCUCUACUCUUCGGAUUUCUGAUCGACUUGUCCUGCUCGCUCUGGUCUACUUCAUGUGACAAGACUGGUGCUUGCUUGCAGUAUGAUAACUACAACAUGAGCAGGUACAUGCUCGCCAUAGCGCUGGUGGGAAAGCUAUGUUCUCUUCUGUUCUUCUUUUUAGCGUGGUGGUUCUACAGGCCCCCUGGAGGUAAUGGUAACGGUAACGCAGUAGUUCCAUCUGUGGAUCUAGUUCUAAGUUCUGAGAAGACCAACGGAAACAUUACAAAUGGGACUUUAGAAAGACCUGCGAAUGGUUAUUGCAAUGCAGCACUCGAAUGCAGUGACCACUUGUAA